GGGAGCCACAAGGCUUCAGGGGAUCCCUGAGGGAGUCAGGCACUCAGGCCAAGCAUGGACCAAUGGAGCAGAAUGCCUCGCUGGGGACUCCUGCUGGUGGUCUGGGGUGCCUGCACCUGCGGCCUCCCCGCAGACACAGGCGCCUUCGGAAGGAUCUUCCUAAAGAAAAUGCCCUCCAUCCGGGAAAGCCUGAAGGAGCGAGGCGUGGAUGUGGCCAGGCUUGGUGCUGACUGGAGCCUUUUCACCAAGAGACUCUCCUUCGGCAACGGCACCUCCCCCGUGGUCCUCACCAACUAUCUGGACACCCAGUACUAUGGGGAGAUUGGCAUCGGCACCCCACCCCAGACCUUCAAAGUCAUCUUUGACACGGGCUCGGCCAACCUCUGGGUGCCCUCCACCAAGUGCAGCCCUCUCUACACGGCCUGUGAGAUUCACAGCCUCUAUGACUCCUCGGAAUCAUCCAGCUACAUGGAGAACGGGACGGCAUUCACCAUCCACUAUGGAUCCGGGAAAGUCAAAGGCUUCUUGAGUCAGGACAUGGUGACUGUGGGCGGCAUCACAGUGACACAGACAUUUGGAGAGGUCACAGAGCUGCCCCUGAUCCCCUUCAUGCUGGCUAAGUUUGAUGGGGUUCUGGGCAUGGGCUUCCCAGCACAGGCUGUUGGCGGGGUCACCCCUGUCUUUGACCACAUCCUCUCCCAGGGGGUGCUAAAGGAAGAUGUCUUCUCUGUCUACUACAGCAGGGAUUCCCACUUGCUCGGAGGAGAGCUUGUCUUGGGAGGCAGCGACCCCCAGUAUUACCAAGGGAAUUUCCACUACGUGAGCGUCAGCCAGACUGGCUCCUGGCAGAUCAAGAUGAAAGGGGUGUCUGUGAGGUCGGCCACCGUGGUCUGCGAGGAGGGCUGCAUGGUGGUGGUCGAUACUGGUGCGUCGUACAUCUCGGGUCCCACAAGCUCCCUGAGGCUGCUCAUGGACACCCUGGGGGCCAAGGAACUGAGCACAGAUGAAUAUGUCGUGAACUGCAACCAGGUGCCGACCCUCCCCGACAUUUCCUUCCACCUUGGAGGAAGAGCCUAUACCCUCACCAGCUCGGACUAUGUGUUACAGGAUUCCUAUGGUAAUGAUGACUUGUGCACCCUGGCCCUCCAUGGUCUGGAUGUCCCACCGCCCACCGGGCCUGUCUGGGUCCUGGGCGCCAGCUUCAUCCGCAAGUUCUACACGGAGUUUGAUCGGCAUAACAAUCGCAUCGGCUUUGCCCUGGCCCGCUGAGAGGCGCUCUGCUGCCCAAGUGGGCCCUUCCUUCAGCCCUAGCCCGGAGCUAGAGCACUCCGGGACGCUCCCCCGCCGGAGCCCUCACGCAGGGGCAUGGGGUGUGGAGCUCCUCCCCGAUGCUUGCUCUGCCUCCAGCAUCAGCGCUUCCCUGCUUCGAGAACAAACAAUAAAGACUUCAUGUUCACA